GGUCUAUCUAAAGGGGCGAUUAAAAGUUCUUCGGGCUGUUUGUGUAUUUGUUUCGCAAUAAGUCAAUCGUGAUGUAUUCUAUAUAGUGUACAAAAAUUAGAUUAAAAAAACAUGUAAAAAUUAUGUUAUUUUUAAUGGCAUUCUUAGUUGCUAUUUUCAAAUCAGCGAUUUAAUAAUCUCCUAACUUAUUGGUGCCAAGUUCAAAAAUAAGUUUGAGUAAACAUCCUGCAAAUAUAUUACAUGUCUAGAGAAAUCAUCGUUCUUCAUGUUUAUAGCUUUAACAUAUAUAUAUAUAUCUGUGAUAAAUCUAGGUACCUUAUUGUGAUCGACGAUGUUUGGACCGAAGUAGCAUGGAAUUCAAUCCGAUCCAUGUUACCAGAUAACGACCUCGACAGUAGAAUCAUUGUGACCACUCGGAUAGAAACUGUGGCCAAAGCAUGUAGCUAUGCUCAUGAUGAUUACAUCCAUCCUAUCGCGCCCCUCAAUGAAGAUAACUCCAAGAAGUUAUUCCUCAGAAGUACUUUUGGCUCCAUAAAUGCCUCUUGCCCCGAGGAUCUGAAAGAUUCUAUGGAAAAAGUUCUAAAAAGAUGUGGUGGACUGCCAUUGGCCAUUGUAAGCAUUGGCAGCCUUUUGGCAGGCUACAGAUCUCCUGAAAGCAAAUAUAUGUGGGAAACAGUUCUGAAAUCACUUGGUUCACAGAUAGAUAACCACCCUACCCUUGAGGGGAUGAGACGGAUAAUCACACUUAGCUACGACCACCUACCUCAUCACCUCAAGAAUUGCAUGAUGUAUCUCAGCAUAUUCCCGGAGGACUUUUUGAUUGCCAAGGAUAGGUUACUGAGGAGAUGGAUUUCCGAAGGAUUGGUUGCUGAGAAGCGGGGGUUGACCCUAAUGGAGAUUGCAGAAGGCUACUUCAAUGAGUUGGUGAGUAGAAGCAUGAUUGAUCGGGCUGCAGAUAGAGUGACCGAUACUGAUGGGAGGGAGCAGAUGUGUCGUGUGCACGACAUGAUGCUUGAGGUCAUGGUGUCCAAAUCCCUUGAGGCUAACUUUGUAAGCCUGUUAGGUGAGGCGUACGAAGGGAUGUCAUAUGAUAGGGUUCGCCGCCUCUCCAUCCAUGGUGGAGUAGAGACAUCCAGCAAAAUGGCAGAGGAGCAUGGCAGGAAAAAUGAAAUCAAGGGGAUGAAUGUAAAACAUGUCCGAUCACUUAGUAUGUUUGCACUUGAUGGGCACAAUUUGCUUAAUCAGCUAGAUGAGUUCACCUUGCUGAGGGUACUUGAUCUGGAAAACUGCAGGGGCCUAGGAAAAAGUCAAAUGGAUUAUAUCUGCAGAAUGUACCUUCUAAGGUUCUUGAAUUUGAAAGGAACAGAUGUCAGUGUGAUUCCUUCCAAAAUUGAUCAGCUAGAGCAUUUGCAGACACUUGAUGUACGUGCCACACGCCUUGAAGAUCUACCAAAAACUGUGACAAAUCUGGAGAAACUUGAGAGCCUGCUGUACUCCAACAAGGAGAGAUACUGGGAUUUCCAUUGGGAAGCGCCAAAGGGCCUAAGAAAAAUGAAGGCUCUACGGAAGGUGAAUAAUUUGACCGUCAGAUCCAACAUUGAUGUUAUUGAGGAGAUCGGCGAGCUAGAACAAUUGGAAGAAUUAGAUAUCUCUGUUAUACCAGAGAUUGAUCAAGCUCAUCAUGACAAGCUUGACGAGUCACUGAGUAGGUUAUACUCCCUCCGAUGCCUUAACCUUCAAAUUGUUACUAAUACAGAGUGGAAGAAGAACUUUCUGCAGAACCUCAAGUCAACGCCACCACGGCUCCUGAGAUACGUUAGGUUGUGUGGUACCCUCCAAGGAAAUACAGGUGUCCUUGGUGUACCUACGUUGACUAACUGGGUUAGUAAACUGACUAAUCUUGUUGAGUUUGCCAUAGCUUGGGCACAUCUUCGUGGUGACACCCUAUUCGACGUCCUGUCUAAGCUGCCCAACCUGAAGACCCUGACACUCGAGAUAAGCUUCUAUUCCGAAAAGAAGAUAGUUGCACGCACUAGCCAUAAAUUUCCGGCGCUUACGGAACUGAGAAUGGACGGUGUUCGUAGUGUUCCUGAAGUUUACGAAUUUGAGAAAGGAUCCAUGGAAAAUCUCGAGACCAUUUUUCUUUCUUUCGGUUGCUACAAGCAGAGAACCGUCGGAAUCGAGCACUUGACCAACCUUAAAGAGGUGCAGCUCACCGGUAAGAAAGACAACCAAACAAUGGUGGAUACAUUGAAGGAGCUAGAGGAAGAGAAUGUCAGGCGUGAGCGCAAUGGUUCCAAUCUGUCGAGAGUGAAAGUGAGAUAUGAGUGA